AUGAAAGGAGCCCCUUCUGGCAGGGCCGCCAAGACUCUGGAGAGCAGGCCCCUUGGGGAGUCCCGUGGAGGCUACUGCCUAUCCGAGGACAGUGACAUCAACAUCACCAGCGAGGAGGAGGACCGAAAGGAGCAACCUCACCCGCGCCCCUGCGCCUCCAAAGAGAAGGAAAACGGUGGCCGAAUCCCCCGGGUUCCUCCCGAGAGCCGUGCUGCGCCACCAGAGGGCCUUUGCUGCUACAUCUGCGGUUCGGCGCUGUCCCCAGCCUCGCAGCACCAGAUCCACGUGCAGAAGCAGGAGAAGCUGGCCCAGGCCCCCUUCUUUCCCUUCCUGUGGCUGCAUAGUCCACCUCCUGGGGCUCAACCCAUCAGCGAGGGCGGCAGCACCCUGGUGUGUCCCUGCUGCUUCUCCUCCCUCAUGCAGCAGUGGCAAAGCUUCGAGCUGGCCAGUGUGCCUGUCCUGCAGCGACUGUAUGUGGUGCCUCUGAACAGCCACGCCCCUGGCAUGGCCUCCAAGGGCAGGCGGCUCCCGAGGGAAGAGGGCCCACCCUCUGGGACCCUGCCAGAGGCCUGCUACCUCUGUGGGGAGGACUGCACCCCUGAUGCCCGGGCAGUGGCCUCCAGGAUCCUCAACGGCAAUGCCAGGAACACCAUGCAUUUCCCCUUCCUCAGCCUCCUGCCCUGUCCCCCCAAUGCCCGAGGCCCCAACAAGCGCUGUGAGGUCCGUAGCUGCCCCAAGUGCUUCAGCGUCCUGGAGGACAUCUGGGCCCUGUUCCGGGCCUGCCAGAAUGAGGAGCUCAUCACCUCGGUGCAGGGCUUCCUGGGCAGGUACCACCAAGCCUUCCCUGCCUCAGACCCUGCUCUCUCCGAGCCACCCACAUCAAUCCAGGGCAGCACCGUGUCCAUCUGCUACAUCUGCGGGACUGAGCUGGGCCCCGGGAAAGAGUUCCAGCUCAAUGUGAACCCCUCUAGUCGCUUGGGCGAGAAGGAACCCUUCUUUCCCUUCCUCACAGUUUACCCACCCGCCCCGCGUGCCAGGCCUGCCGACUCCACCGGCCUGGUGGCCACCUGCGUGCUCUGCUAUCACGACUUGCUAGGCCAGUGGCUGCAGCAUGAGGCACGGAAUGCCCACCAUGCUGUCAGUGCCUGGUCUCGGCAGUACCAAGUGGACACGUUUGUGUGCUUCUUCUGCCAGCAGGAGAGGAAGCGGUGUCUUGGGCUGAAGGCUGUGAGGGUGGCCCGGCUGCCCUUGUUUCUCUACACCCUGCGAGCGAGCCAUAGUCUGCUGGUGGACGACGGGCGGCAGCUGAUCAUCGGCGCCUGUGUGGAGUGUGGGACCCUGGUGUGUGCUGGCCAAGGGCUUACCCGCCAGGGACCUGUGGGAUGGAGCUCCCCAGUGGCAGCAGCAAUAAAGGUCACCUCUGCAUCUCUCGAGACACCGACAGCCAUCCACCCUCCGGCCCGGGAGCCCGAGCCCUGGCUGGGUACCCCAGCAGAGAGCCUGCUCCGAGGCCCCAAGACCGCCCCGGAGCUAGGCCCAGCCCGGUGUCAGCAGAGCAGCCUGGACGGGGCCGGACCAGACCUCACGGGCACAGGCAUGAGCCAUGAGCCCAAGUCCCCUUCACUAGGAAUGCUUUCCACCGCGACCAGGACCACCGCCACCGUCAACCCCCUCACCCCCUCGCCGCUCAAUGGCGCCCUGGUGCCCAGCGGCAGCCCCGCCACCAGCAGUGCGCUGUCGGCCCAGGCCGCGCCGUCCUCCAGCUUUGCCGCUGCGCUGCGCAAGCUCGCCAAACAGGCGGAGGAACCCAGAGGGUCUUCACUGAGCAGUGAGUCGUCCCCUGUGUCCUCUCCAGCCACCAACCACAGCUCCCCUGCCAGCACGCCCAAACGGGUGCCCAUGGGCCCCAUCAUCGUGCCCCCCGGGGGCCACAGCGUCCCUAGCACGCCCCCCGUGGUGACCAUCGCCCCUACCAAGACUGUCAAUGGAGUCUGGAGGAGCGAGAGCAGGCAGGACACCAGCUCGCGGGGCAGCAGCAGUGGUCGAGAGCGCCUCAUCGUGGAGCCCCCGCUGCCCCAGGAGAAGGCAGGGGGCCCGGCCAUCCCCUCCCACCUGCUCAGCACCCCCUAUCCCUUCGGCAUCUCCCCCAGCUCCGUCGUGCAGGACUCCCGAUUCCCACCACUCAACCUCCAGCGACCUGUGCACCACGUGGUGCCCCCCAGCACGGUGACCGAGGACUACCUGAGGAGCUUCCGGCCCUACCACACCACCGAGGACCUCCGCAUGUCCUCCCUGCCGCCCCUCGGCCUGGACCCUGCCACCGCCGCUGCCUACUACCACCCCAGCUACCUGGCUCCGCACCCCUUCCCCCACCCGGCCUUCAGGAUGGACGACUCCUACUGCCUGUCUGCCCUGCGGUCCCCUUUCUACCCCAUCCCCACCCCCGGCUCCCUGCCUCCGCUGCACCCAUCGGCCAUGCAUCUUCACCUCUCUGGGGUCCGCUACCCCCCGGAGCUGUCCCACUCGUCCCUGGUGGCGCUGCACUCGGAGCGGAUGUCCAGCCUCAGCGCCGAGAGGCUGCAGAUGGACGAGGAGCUGCGUCGGGAGCGUGAGCGGGAGCGCGAGCGGGAGCGGGAACGGGAGGCAGACCGCGAGCGGGAGAAGGAGCGCGAGCGGGAGCGGGAGAAGGAGCGCGAGCGGGAGAAGGAGCUGGAGCGCGAGCGGGAGAAGGAGCGCGAGCGGGAGCUGGAGCGCCAGCGGGAGCAGCGUGCCCGGGAGAAGGAGCUGCUGGCCGCCAAGGUGCUGGAGCCAGCCUUCCUGCCCGUGGCCGAGCUGCACGGGCUGCGUGGGCAUGCCACAGAGGAGCGGGCCAAGUCCUCGGAGCAGCUGACUCCCACCCGAGCAGAUAAGCUGAAGGACGUAGGUCUGCAGGCACCCAAGCCUGUGCAGCACCCCUUGCACCCGGCGCCCACCCCCCAUCACACCAUGCCCAGCCUUCUCUCCAACCAUGGCAUCUUCUCUCUGCCGGGCAGCAGCGCCGCCACGGCCCUGCUCAUCCAGCGCACCAACGAGGAGGAGAAGUGGCUGGCGCGGCAGCGGCGGCUGCGGCAGGAGAAGGAGGACCGGCAGUCGCAGGUGUCGGAGUUCCGGCAGCAGGUGCUAGAGCAGCACCUGGACAUGGGCCGGCCCCCAGUGCCCACCGAGCCCGAGCACAGGCCCGAGAGCGCCAGGCCGGGACCAAACCGUCAUGAGCCGGGCAGCCGAGACCCCCCGCAGCACUUUGGCGGGCCCCCGCCCCUCAUCUCGCCCAAGCCCCAGCACCACUCCGUGCCCACAGCCCUCUGGAACCCGGUGUCCCUGAUGGACAGCACCCUGGAGACACGGCGGGCCCCCGAGAGCCACCCUCUGCACAGCCACCCUGCCCCGUUUGAGCCCAGCCGCCAGGCCGCUGUCCCGCUGGUGAAGGUGGAGGAGGGGCCCCGGAAGCGCGAGGCCACCCCUCUGGACAAGUACCAGCCGCCACCGCGGGAGGCAGGGGGCCUAGAGCACCAGCCCUUUCCUCACGGGCCUGGGCCCUUCCUGGCUGAGCUCGAGAAGUCCACCCAGAGCAUCCUGGGCCAGCAGCGGGCCUCCCUCACCCAGCCCGCCCCCUUUGGGGAACUCACUGGACCACUGAAGCCGGGCUCACCCUACCGGCCCCCGGCGCCACGGGUCUCCGACCCCGCCUACAUCUAUGAUGAGUUCCUGCAGCAGCGCCGGAGGCUGGUCAGCAAGCUGGACCUGGAAGAGCGCAGGCGGCGAGAGGCCCAGGAGAAAGGAUACUACUAUGACCUGGAUGACUCUUAUGACGAGAGUGAUGAAGAGGAGGUCAGGGCCCACCUCCGCUGCGUGGCCGAGCAGCCGCCCCUCAAACUGGACACGUCCUCCGAGAAGCUAGAGUUUUUGCAACUUUUUGGCUUGACCACCCAACAGCAGAAGGAGGAAUUGCUGACCCAGAAGCGGAGGAAGCGGCGGCGGAUGCUGAGAGAGAGAAGCCCGUCUCCCCCGACGAUUCAGAACAAACGGCAGACGCCUUCCCCGAGGCUGGCCCUGUUCACCCGCUAUAGUCCCGACGAGAUGAACAGCAGCCCCAACUUCGAAGAGAAGAAGAAGUUCCUGACCAUCUUCAACCUGACCCACAUCAGUGCCGAGAAGAGGAAAGACAAAGAGAAACUUGUCGAAAUGCUCCAUGCCAUGAAGCAGAAGGCCCUGUCGGCAGCAGUGGCAGACUCGCUCAGAAACUCUCCGAGGGACAGUCCUGCUGUCUCCCUGAGCGAACCAGCCACGCAGCCAACCUCUCUGGAUAUGGAAAAACCUGUGGGUAUUGCUGCUUCCUUGUGUGACGUCCCAAAGGCCACGGAGCCUGGGAGACUGGAACAGCUGCGGCCACAGGAGCUGUCGCGAGUCCAGGAGCCAACUCCUGCCGGUGGCGAGAAGGCCAGGCUGAAUGAGGGCCCUGGGGGCAAGAAGAGCCUGAGCAUGCUGCAUUACAUCAGGGGCCCCGCGCCCAAGGACAUUCCCGUGCCACUGUCCCACAGCAUCAACGGGAAGAGCAAGCCGUGGGAGCCCUUCAUGGCAGAAGAGUUUGCACAUCAGUUCCACGAGUCCGUGCUGCAGUCCACGCAGAAGGCCCUCCAGAAGCACAAAGGGAAUGGAGCCGUGCUGUCUGCAGAGCAGAACCACAAGGUCGACACGUCUGUCCACUACAACAUUCCCGAGCUGCAGUCCUCAAGCCGGCUCCCUCUGCCCCAGCACAACGGGCAGCAGGAGCCCCCUGCCAUGAGGAAGGGCCCCCUCGCACAGGAGACGGAUCAGGACUCCGAGGAGGAGGAGGAGGAGGAUGGAGACGAGGAUGGAGACGAGGAUGACGAGGAACCCCCCAGGCGCAAGUGGCAAGGGAUUGAGGCGAUCUUUGAAGCGUACCAGGAACACAUAGAAGAGCAAAACCUGGAGCGGCAGGUGUUACAGGCACAGUGCAGACGGCUGGAGGCCCAGCACUACAGCCUCAGUGUCACAGCGGAGCAGCUCUCACACAGCAUGGUGGAAUUGAGGAGCCAGAAACAGAAGAUUGUCUCAGAACGGGAGCGACUCCAGGCGGAACUGGAUCACUUACGGAAGUGCCUUGCGUUGCCUGCAAUGCAUUGGCCUAGGGGUUACUUUAAGGGAUAUCCUAGGUGACGGUUUCCCUUGCACUAGGCCGAACCUAUAGUAUAGAAAUAUUAUCUAUUUUAUUACCUUGAAUAUUUAAUAUUUUUCACUGGGAGGUUUGAAGCUUAAAAAAAAAAUAAGAAUGUGCCAUGCAUGAAGCAAAGGAUUCCAGGCUCCAGAGAAAGAACGAACUCGCCUUGACUUCAAUGCAAUUGAAAUCACCUUUGUAAUUCAGUGAGCAACCAAUGUAGGAUGACGCCCAUAUAUUUUUUUAAAAGGCGUUUGUUUUUGUUUUCUUUCCCCAUGUCACCAUUUUAAAAUCUGAAAACGAAGGCUCCAUUACCAACACUAAAACUCUAUCAUUCAUAGCCCCUGGGUGCAUAAGAUUGGAUCAAGCCGCUUGUGUUGUUUCUUGUGUUGCCAUAUUACUAUGCCUGAAGACCCAAGUUUGCUUUUGCUCCGGCUUGGGGUCGGUCUCACUCCUCCCUGGGACUGAGGCCUGCUUCAGCUGAAUGAAGGUGGGGUGCUUUUUAAGUAAAGGGCUUAUUUGUUUCAGUUACUACUUUUCUGCAAAAUUUUCUUCAAAGCAACAGGUCCUAGGAGCACACAAAGCAACAGUACUGAAGCCUCACCUCUAGGCUUUUCCCUGGAAAAGCUCUUACCUAAAAGAUAAAGCAAAUCGACAAACUGAAGGUACCUUUUUUAUUACUCCGUGGGGGAAAUGUACAGAGCUCUAUGUAUACAUAUAUUCACACCCACCAAAUUGUUGCUGCAGUGGGCGGUGUUUUCAUAUAAACAAAUUUUGAGAGAAAAGUCAAAGGUGCUUCAGCCUUGUACUGUGUAUAUAUAUUAAAAAAAAAAGUUUUGUAUGUUUUUAUUACUUUAAUUAUUGUUAUAAAAAGCCUGCCAUUUUUAAUAUGUGGUUUUGGGGGAUUUUUGUUUGUUUGUUUUCCUGUU